GAAAGGAAAUGCCGUUGUCGUUGCAACCUCUGCUCCUAUAUAUGCGCACACCGGCCGGGCAAUUAUCUUAACAAAUCAAGUGGACGAGUAAUCGGGGCCGUGCGUUCUUGUCGGCACAAGUUAUAUAUGCGCAGAUCCACCACGCGGCGCGCACGUGUAGGUCUCUUGGCUCUUGCUCCCGCCGCCAUCCAUCCUGGCUAUUCCCAAAACUGAUCUCAUGUGCUGGCCCUGGCAUGUCCGCGACCCCGUGGCACCCGCCGGAAACGGCGGAGUCCUCCUCGGGCUUGUCGUCCUCCUCGUCCUAUCCCCCGGCGGCAGCAGCUCAGCAUCCGGCGUGCUCCGCGUGCAAGCACCAGCGCCGAAAGUGCACGCCGGGGUGCCCGCUUGCGCCCUACUUCCCCGCGGACAAGCCCGGGAGCUUCCGCAACUCCCACCGCCUCUUCGGCAUCAAAAACAUACUCCGGUUCCUGACGAGAGCCGGCCCGGAGAAGCGGGACGAUUGCAUGAAAUCCAUACUGUACGAGGCCGACGCCCGUGCUUCCGAUCCGGUGCUCGGCACGUACGGCCUCUUACAGAGUCACCAGCGAGAGCUUGCCUUGGCGACGGCCGAACUCGUGGCCUUAAAGGAGCAGCUGGAGUUGCACGGGCACGCCGCGCAGCACCGCUCGGCGCCGGACGCUCUGGGCUUCCUCUCGCCGGUCCAGCCGUGGAUGCCGCAGCCGCCGUCGAUGUAUCCGAUACAGGAGGGGCAGCAGCAGCCGAUCUACGGUAGCUACGUACUAGCUGGUGCUGCGAAGGUCGACGAGGACGCGACAAUCGGCGUGAAGCUUGACGAGGACGAUGUGAUGCCAAUGCAACAUGAUGAUCAUGCCGAGGGCUGUACAACACACUACGGUAGAUUAGAGCCGUCAUCGUCAUCGAGCUACCGGUCUUCGGAUACUUCGCCUCGCGGACUUCUGAACCGUCGCGCUUUAGGUUUAAAGUACAAUCCUGGUUAAUUUUCAUUUUUAUAGACAGAUAGGCUGAGAGUUAGUAAUCGUGUUGGCUUACAUGGAAAAAUAAAAUAAA